AUGGCCGUCGCACGAUCUCUCCGCCGCACCAAUCCCAUCACGCUGGUCUUGGCCGGCCUGCUGAGCAUCGGCUUCCUCAUCUUCAUUUUCUCAUCGACAGACGCUGGCCCAAAACUGCAUGUUCCAGGUGCGCGACAACUGCUCAAGUCGAAAGAUGCAGCUUCCAACGCCCUUUCGCCGCCGUCGCUUCCCUUCUUCAAGUCGAACCUCAAGGCUGGCGAAAAGGCCCCUCCUCCGCCAGUUGUCCACUACCACAUGAACAACGUCACAAACUCCGCAGACCCCAUUGGCAACCGUGAGAGUGUCCUCAUCCUGACUCCGCUCGCCCGCUUCUACGAAGAGUACUGGACCAACCUUGUCGCAUUGAACUACCCUCACGAGCUGAUCAGCUUGGGCUUCAUCAUUCCCAAGGGUCGCGAAGGCAAUGCAGCAACCGCUCAAUUGCAGGAACAGAUUGCCAGAACUCAGUCAAGCAGCAAGCGCUUUGCUUCAAUCACCAUUCUUCGUCAGGAAGACGAGCCUCCGCUCACCUCUCAGUCAGAGCACGAUCGCCAUGCCAUGUCCGCCCAGAAAGAGCGCCGUGCCGCCAUGUCGCGCGCCAGAAACGCUCUCCUUUUCACAACCCUUGGACCUACCACAUCUUGGGUCCUCUGGCUUGAUUCGGACAUUGUCGAGACUCCUCACUCUUUGAUCCAAGAUCUGGCCGCUUUUGAUAAGCCCAUCAUUGUUCCCAACUGCUUCCAGCGUUUCUAUGACAAGGAAAAGGGUGCCAUGGAUGUCAGACCUUAUGAUUUCAACAGCUGGAUCGACAGCAACACUGCCCAAAACUUGGCCUCGAAGAUGGGCCCUGACGAGAUUCUGCUUGAAGGUUAUGCAGAAAUGGCCACAUACAGAAGUUUGAUGGCAUACAUGAGCCAUCCCGGUGGCAACCCCAAGGAUAUCGUCAACUUGGACGGUGUUGGUGGAACCGCAUUGCUCGUCAAGGGUGAUGUUCACAGAGAUGGCGCCAUGUUCCCGCCAUUCCCCUUCUACCAUCUCAUCGAGACGGAAGGAUUUGCAAAGAUGGCUAAGCGCCUGGGAUGGAGCAGUUGGGGUGUUCCCAACUACUUUGUAUACCACUACAACGAGUAA